GGGCGAUCGGAAGCACGUCACAGCCUUCUCACAGCCUGUUUCCUGUUUUCAAACGGGGAACUUAGCAAAGUGGCAGCCCCUCAGCUGGUCACCGGAGCUUGGAACCGAGAGCUUGAAGGAGCCAUGUGACACUCCUCCUGGACCCCUGGACACACACAGCCCCAGAGACUGGAGACUUGGAGCAUGGCAAGUCCAGAGCACCCUGGGAGCCCUGGCUGGACGGGACCCAUAACCCACUGCACUGCAAGGACCAAGCAGGAAGCACCAGCCACUGGCCCUGACCUCCUGCACCCGGGACCUGAUGGGCACUUAGACAUGCACAGCGGCCUGAGCUCCAACUCUAGCAUGACCACGCGGGAGCUUCAGCAGUACUGGCAGAAUGAGAAAUGCCGCUGGAAGCACGUCAAACUGCUCUUUGAGAUCGCUUCAGCUCGCAUCGAGGAGAGAAAAGUCUCCAAGUUUGUGGUGUACCAGAUCAUCGUCAUCCAGACCGGGAGCUUUGACAACAACAAGGCCGUCCUGGAACGGCGCUAUUCCGACUUCGCGAAGCUCCAGAAAGCGCUGCUGAAGACGUUCAGGGAGGAGAUCGAGGAUGUGGAGUUCCCCAGGAAGCACCUGACCGGGAACUUCGCGGAGGAGAUCAUCUGCGAGCGUCGGCGCGCGCUGCAGGACUACCUGGGCCUGCUCUAUGCCAUCCGCUGCGUGCGGCGCUCCCAGGAGUUCCUGGACUUCCUCACGCGGCCAGAGCUGCGCGAGGCCUUCGGCUGCCUGCGUGCUGGCCAGUACCCGCGCGCCCUGGAGCUGCUGCUGCGCGUGCUGCCGCUGCAGGAGAAGCUCACCGCCCACUGCCCCGCGGCCGCCGUCCCGGCCCUGUGCGCCGUGGUGCUGUGCCACCGCGACCUCGACCGCCCUGCCGAGGCCUUUGCGGCCGGAGAGAGGGCCCUGCAGCGCCUGCAGGCCCGGGAAGGCCAUCGCUACUACGCGCCUCUGCUGGACACCAUGGUCCGCCUGGCCUACACGCUGGGCAAGGACUUCGUGUCUCUGCAGGAGAGGCUGGAGGAGAGCCAGCUCCGGAGGCCCAUGCCCCGCGGCAUCACCCUGAAGGAGCUCACUGUGCGGGAAUACCUACACUGAGCCGGCCUGGGACCCCGCAGGGACGCUGGAGAUUUGGGGUCACCAUGGCUCAAGGUGGGCUGUUUGGGGUUCUUCUCCUUCUUUCUUUUUUUCUUUUUCCUAUUCUUUUUUGGUAUUUGAGAUAGUCUUGCUCUGUCACCCAGGCUGGAGUGCAGUGGCUCAAUUAUGGUUCACUAAAGCCUCAAACUCCUGGGCACAAGCCAUCCUCCCGCCUCAGCCUCCCAAGUAACUGGGAUUACAGGUGCACACCACCACACCAGGCUCAUGUUUUUUAAUUUUUUUGUAGAGACAGGGUCUCUCUCUUGGCCAGGCUGGUCUCAAACUUCUGACCUUAAAUGAUCUUCCUGCUCCAGCCUCCCAAAACACUGGGAUUACAGGUGUGAGCUGCCACCCCUGGCCUGGGGUUCAUUUUUAAUAGGAAAAGCCAUUGAGGGCUCUAACUCACUUUGGACAAGCCACUCCUCUGGUCCUCAAUUUCCCCAUCUGUAUGGAACAGAGGUGCUCCUGGGGUCCCUUGAAAGUCUCACCAGUAUCUUCAUGGGAAGCUAGAGGAGAAGUUUAUCUUGCACAUUCUAGACAAAGCUUAGUCCAUUUCCUUGAAGACAGUUCUCUCCAGCUGUUCCAAGGCUUUUCUCUCUGUUCCUUCCACCUCAGAAUUGCUUUAAAAUAUUCCCAUCCAUUAUCCUAAUACUAUCCUCAUAUUCUAGCCUUUCUCCUUUACCAUGUAGACCUGACACAGCAAAACAAAAACUCACCUAUUGCCCUCAAGAACAGCCUCUACACACACACACACACACACACACACACACACACACACAGUGGGAGUUGUAUGCCAUCCUUUGAAGGGUGGUAGAAUCCUGAGCCAGAAAGAAAUAAUGGCAUAAAAUUUUAUGAUACAAGGCACUUUUGGCAAGGGAAGUUGCCAACAAUUUUUUCUGGCUGGGAUGGUGUAGCACAUUGUCUAGGUGUAGAUUUUCAUUCCAUAAAUGGCUUCCCUGGGUUAUGUAGACACAGCCCUGGGAGGAGGUGAUACAACAUACUUAAUGGGGCUUCUGGGUAGAAAAGAGACUGAAUCCUCAAUGCUGCCCCUUUUGAGGGUCUGUGAUCCUGGAACCUCUCUGGUGGGUUGGGAUGCCCUUGACUGAGGUCUGCUGUCUGGAAAGGACACCACAGGCUCAGAAUGAAGAGGCAUCUGGAUCAAUUACCUAGAUACAACACAGGGCUUGGAGCUGGUGGUACAGGCAUGUUUCGGCCCAAUGUGUGUUUGAGGCUGGAAGCCCCUGAAGAUCUAAACAGCCUGGAUGAGUUUAUUAGGGUGAAUUUAAAAGGCUGUAACUUGGGAACCUUAAUGUGAGCCACCACUUAAGGGGAGGGACUUGGCCCAGCAAGUGAUCACUCUAGAGGUGGACAAGCAUGCACCAGACUGCACCAGAAUCUGUUCAACAGCAACACCUUGUGGUAACAACUAUAGGCAACCCAGCAGGCUAGAUGGGAGGUUAGAAACAGAUACAUUUGGACAGAUAUCCCUCAAGUCUCCCAAUCUACUCCAGGGAAAGGAUACUUGAACUGGGAGCUAUUGGACUUCUUGAAAAGCUGGGCCUAUGGAAAAUUAAAGUAUUAAAUGGAAAAAUUAAAUAACUGUUAGUCUAUUUGUGAUG